AUGACAACUUCAUCGACUGAAAAUUUUGAGGAUGUGAUCCGCUUAUUUCUAAGCGACCAACCAACAGAAGAAAAAGGGUGGGAAAAGGUUGAAAAUGUGCUUAACCCACCGAUAUUCUUCCUUCAAUUAUUCAAGAAGCGGAAGGACAAUGUGACACUCAUCCAAAUUUCGUCGCUCCUCCACCACAACUUCCCAACAGUUGCAGCUGUUAUGAAAGAUGUCAUUAAGUUGUUGGGGUUUGAUUUGUUGAUCAAGAAAGUCGUACCCAUCAGCCAAGACACACUGAGAACAACAAUUAAAAACACAUUUGAAGACGAGUAUGAAGUCACUUCAAAGUAUCACUUUCGCAUACAGCUUGGAACAGUCAUUUUUGUCCAGAAGUGUUUCUCCAACAACAAAAUCCGUUUCAUUCAAAUUCACUGUUGUGAGAAACAACAACGUGGUGUUAAAUACACGAUAUAUAACAUGAUGUACCGCCCGAUGCUAUCGCAGGAAAUCGAUUUCUUUUUCGGGAAUUACUCAUACUUCGUGAAUAAUCUGAACGACUAUUUGAGUGGAAAUGAAGAAGGCUGGAUGAUCUCGAAGAACAUCAAAAACUUCGUGUCAACAAUGAACGAGAAAAUCACAUUCCCAAACACAAUCUACCAGAACGAAAUAUUCCACAUCUACGCAAAUGCAAACUACAGUGAAUUGAUCAUCGUCGGACAGGAAAGAUUUCCGUUACUCCCGUUUGGUGAGAUCUGUUCACGGUGGUCGAAGUACAUCGAAUCAAAUAUGUUACUCCCUGUGAUCAGAGAACUCAUGCACACAGAGCGUCUCAGACUUUUUCACAAAUCAGUUCCUUUCAUCAGUCAUGUGAACGCAACCACUGACAUAUUAUACGGGUCGGUCAUCGUUGAGAGGGGAAUGUUUCUGUUUGGUAAAACUGAGAAUAGCGAGAGCUGUCCGUGCGCACCAAAGUGCGACCACGAGCACUUUUCAAAUAUCUUUUCAGGCGACAUGGUGCACUGGAUUGGCAAUUGUGCACAAACCGACUUUUUCUAUCAUUAUUCAACUCCGUGCUUUGCCAACUUGGAUAAACAAAUUUUGGAAGUCUAUCUGAAAAACUUCAUUGGCUCGUUUGUGCUCUCCAGAGCAGUUCUCCAUCACGGAAUUUCCAUGAAAAUAUCUCCCAGUCGAUUGUCACCGUUUCAGUACUCGAAAAUACUUCUGAGCAACACUGUCGAUUUGGUGAGGGUAUUUAAAGAGCAACGGAAGACUAAAUACACAUUGAAGCGCCAAGAGAAAAUCCUUUUCCCACCUUUGAAACUGCUUGAACUUCCACCAAACGUGACGGAACACAUCUUCGACUUUUUACCCCUCGAAAGUCUGUUGUGUGUCUCCGCCUCUUGUAAAACACUUCGCACGCAAAUUUUGGCGAACGACGAAAGGUUCAAAAUGUUCUUUGAUCUCCACAUGAACGCAGCAACCUUUUUUCGAAGGAGAGAACGAGUUUUGGACGUCCAGAGAAUAACGCCAGAGGUUUCUUAUUACAAGGCUGUGUGCCAGGCCAAAACAACGCAGUCGAAGUGGAUUAAUAAACUUCUCACUGCGCCGAAAUCGAUGAAGAUUUUUUCGAGUCCCGUGAACAACAUUUUUGUGACAAAUUCACGAAAGGUUGUUGCUGUUUCCAUCAAGGAAAAGAAGUGCGUCUCGUACUCGAAGGACUUUGAGAAGCGUUUUACCUUCAAAGGGAGCGACAAAAUCCGCUGCACCAAUUUCAAUCACGAGAAGAAUACGUUCCAAUUCGUUUGUGACAAUUACUUGUUUUACAGAUUUUCAAUCGAUGGCGGAGACUUCACAAAGGUGCAGAUUCCCAAAUACCAAAACAUCAGUUGUAUGAGUCGCGAUUGCAUUGUUGGAAAUUUGAAUUUGAACGUCUCGAUCUUCGACUUGAAUGUCGCCAAAGUCAUUGAAACAUUCCAACCUGAUUUGACUGGCAUCUGUGGUGUUGACGAAGGAGAUAACGGACUGAUAAUUACUUUGGGGAAGAGUGGGAGGCUUGUUGGAUACGACAGACGUGCCAAACGCAAUGCGUUCACCACGUUCCGCCACAAGUAUAAGCCUCUUUUGUUUGAUACAUUCGGCGACUACUUAGUCUAUGCAUGCGACAACGGAAACAUCGAGAUGUAUGACGAGCGCAAGCAUGAUGUGUGUUCGCAGCGUACGUUUAAUGGGGCAAUAACUGCGUUGAGAGUGGGGAAUAGACGAGUCGUCUUGUCGACAAACCGCAACAGUGUUGUGCACUUGAAGUGUUUUAAUGGGUGGUUUGGAACAAACCAAACGAUUUAUCAGUCACCCUCUUCCGUCUCUGCGCUACUGAUCAAUGAGUUGACCGUUUACGUAGGGUCGGAAGACGGGACUCUGGUCAGACUGAUGUGA